CAACGCAGCCAUCUUCUUUAUUCUGUUCAAACCCCAUUCAGUCGGUCCAACUUUGUAUAUAACCAUAGAUAGAUAUUAUUUGUAUCCAGACCUCAUCAUCUUAAUUCUUGUGCUAAUCAGAUUUAGGAUCAAAUUCAAACAGCAAUCAAAGGGUUUAAUCAGAAUCAUGACUUGGCUAUUUUCAUUAUUCAACGGGGCAUCAGGGUUUUCAGGAAAUUCUAAAGCUGAAGAAGUUACCAACGGAAUCGAUGGGACUGGCCUUACCGCCAUUGUUACUGGAGCUACAAGCGGUAUCGGCUUAGAAACAGCCCGUGUUCUUGCUUUACGCGGAGUCCAUGUGGUUAUGUCGGUCAGAAAUGUCAAAGCCGGUAAAGAAGUUAAAGAAAGCAUCUGCGAGAAAAUCCCAAAUGCUAAACUCGAUGUUAUGGAGCUCGAUUUGAGCUCACAGGAAUCUGUACGACAGUUCGCAGCUGACUACAUUUCAAAGGAUCUUCCUUUACACAUUCUAAUUCUAAAUGCAGGGAUCAGCUCUCAGCCAUUCACUCUUUCGAAGGACAACAUAGAAUUACAGUUUGCAACGAACCAUAUCGGCCAUUUUCUUUUGACGAACUUGUUGUUGGAUACCAUGAAAAAGACAGCAGAUAAAAGCCAGAAGGAGGGAAGAAUUGUUGUUGUUUCAUCUGAGCUGCAUAAGAUGACAUAUAGUGAAGGAAUCAAGUUUGACAAGAUCAACGACGAAAAGAGCUAUAGCGCUUUCUAUGCUUAUGGGCAGUCGAAGCUUGCUAAUGCAUUGCACGCUAAGGAGCUAUCAAGGCGCCUCAAGGAAGAAGGCGCGAAUGUGACUGUGAAUUCGCUACAUCCUGGAGUUAUCAAGACCAAUCUUCAACGUAACCAAGGGUUUGUGGCGUCUACAAUCAGCCGUGUGAUCUACACAUUCAUGAAGAAUAUCCCGCAAGGAGCUGCAACUUCGUGCUAUGUGGCGUUGCAUCCACAAGUGAAGGGGGUUAGCGGCGAGUAUUUUGCUGAUAGUAACAUAGCAAAAGCAAGCAAGUAUGCCUUGAGUCCAGAAAUGGCCAAGAAGUUGUGGGACUUCAGUUUGAACUUGACCAAGUUAAAGUAAUCAGUUUCUUUACCAUCUUUUUGUAUUUCUUCAUUAAGCAUUUGUAUGGUUUUUAUGAUGCUCCAUUUUUCACUUGUUUGUAUUAUAGUAUGUAUUCUUUGUAUCACGGAUUGUUGAUGUUUUAUAUGAUUGUUGCAAACGUUUGUAUUGAAUGAAAGAUCAUGUUAUAUGGAAAAAUCUUUGUUAUUA